GCUACUUCACAUCGAAUACCUACGUUGCACCGCAGGGCUAGAAUGCCUGGGCAACAGCUUUCAGCGUCGCUUAAGAGCCGUUUGGAAAAUCGUGUCGGUAGCGUCGUCCCGAGCUCGAUAAUGAGGUGAACCAUCUCCAUAAUGUGGAAAAGAUGGGAACUCCAGUCAGAAUUAGGGCGGGAGAAGGGGGGGGAUAGGUCCUUCUCUACCAUUAAAAUCCAUGUGUCCACGCUGAUGUUAUAUGUGUUAGGUGGUGGAACGUAGGAGAACCGUCGACCGACCUAUCAGGGGCCCCAUGAUGGCAUCUCUUUGCAUCAGCAUGGGUCCGUCCAGGACGACGGCGGGUGCCACAGCCUGAGGAUGCGGUCGUAAAGCCUGUUCCCGCUGGAAGCUAUAUGUCACCAGGAUAUCCCAAGGGCUCGGUCUCAUCCCCCCUACUCUGUUCCACAUCGGAAACCCCACCGACUCGUUUCCCGUCUUGCUAGGCGCUUGGAUCGUGCUGGUUCGAGCAAGAAGACAGCAUGAACAACACCGAUCUUUACCUGUCGAAUGGCACUUGUUUCUUCGGCCCGGGCCAGGUUGCCGACGACAAUUACAUCCCCUGCGGAAAUGCGGCAUUGUCGGGACCCCAAUCUUGCUGUUACGCUGGGGACUACUGUCUCUCGAGCACGGCGUGCUGGAAUGAGCUAUAUGUCGUAACGUACAUUGCCGGGUGUACAGACUCCACGUUCAGCUCGGCGAAGUGCACCAACAAGUUCGACUACCCUGGUCAGCAGUAUGUCGCGAUGGCCAGGUGCGAGGGUGACCAGGUGGAUAUAUGGUCGGGCUGCUCACACCACCCCGAGUGGAUCGAGAUACUGAAGGAACCAGAUUGCGCCUGCAACGCUUCGCAGGCACUCAUCAGGAACUCGAAUGGCGAAUCCACCCUCGACAAUAUCGGAAGCCUCCCCCCUACUCCCGGAGGCACGAUCUCGUUCAACCCCACCGCAAUUCCUACCAGGAGGGCUACUUCGUCCAGCAGCAUCUACGUCUCCGCCACCCAAACCUCAACCCCGGCAGCGACAACGGACUUUCCUCCUGACGACAGUUCAUCCCGAGGUCUCUCGACGGGCGCUAAGGCCGGCAUCGGUGUCGGCGUCGGCGUCGGCGUGCCUCUCGUCGCCGCACUUGCCUUCGUAGCCUUCUUCCUUCGCCGCAGGAACAGAAAGGCCGCUCAAGAGCCCCCAGCGGCGCCUGAGGUAUCGGCGGCUCCUCCCCCGCGCGACGGAGAUACUGGUGCUGCCGCCGCUCGAGUAGAGCCGGGUAGUUCUCCAGACUCCCUAAAAGAGAAUACCGUCACGCCGGACCCGCCGGAGCCGAGCCCGACGGGGUUCGUAUACAAGCCGGAGCUGUCGGGCAACCCGACCCUCAAGUCCGAGCUGGCCGGCGACGAACCCCCCAGUAGCCUGGCGUCGUCGAGCUGGAACUCGGGGACGCUCGAGAGCCACCAAGUCUCGGAGCUGUCGGGUCUAAACGCGAUCCCGAAAUCUAGGAAGUCGUUUUGAUCGCGCUUGCCGAGAUGCGGGCAGAAGACGCGAUGCCUACUCACUCCGAUACCGUAGAGGGGAUAACGACGACCCUGGUAAGUGGGAUAGAGGCUUGGGGGAGCAGAGCAGGGUAUUCCGAUUUCAAUGUUGCCAUAAGUAUCGAAUCCUGAUAUUUGCGUGUCCGCGUAUGCUAGCAGCAGCACCUACCUACCUACGAGUCGCUUCUUUUGUAAGCCUGAGUACAAACAGCUACUCGACAAUUCCAGUUUGUGUGAAGGAGAACCCCAUUGUCAGCAGGCUCCCGAUUCUCGAUUCUGAGCUCGGAGUUGAGCCCCCGUGGCUAAAAGAUACCUACCUCACCUCCGAUUAUUUAAGCAACCCCGCCUAGGUAUCUAAAUAGGGGUAAAAUAGGGGGGCGCCCGACAAGACCAAGUUCGCAUUAAACAAAUCCUCAACGGCGGUAAGGGAAUAGAUAUAUAUAUAUUGAUGUUAUUCUUAGAAUACGCCCGGCACAGGAAACGGUCCUCACGAUGCGAGGAUGGCGGCUUGCCACAAUACUUAU